AUGAAUUGGAUAAUGUCUGCCCCAGUUACUGCUACACCAUCCUCCUCCUUGCUUAACGACCGUUGGGACGUUGUAAUUUCCAACACAUUGGUAAAGACCGGUCUUGGUUUCGGGGCUGGUGUCCUCGCCAGUGUUGUCCUUUUCAAGAGAAGAUCCUUCCCAGUCUGGCUCGGUGUUGGUUUCGGUCUUGGUCGUGGUUACGCCGAGGGUGAUGCUGCUCUUAGAUCACCAACUGCCGGUGUUAGAACAGUCAAGGCUUAAGGAGAGGGAAAGGCCACAUGCCACAUUUGAUAAGUUGAUCCAAGCAGAUGAGUUUAUGACCGCACUAUAGACAGACACCCAGGAAAAACAAAACAAGUGACCUGUUCUGUAUUGUGAUGUAUAUCAUUGACCAUUACAUAUGGUCUUCUUUCAAGAAGAAAGGGAG